AGCAAAAAAUUAACGCGAACACUGUCUCUCACACAGCCAAUGCAUGCGAAUGCCAUGGAUGCCAUGAGCCUCCUCCGCAUUGGUCACGUUCCCAAUCGCCUCUUCUUUAACCAAUGCAUGCGAAUAUCCCUUCAUUCUUAGCGUGUGUCUGUACCAAGUGUUCAAAGUUAGUUAGUUCUUCUGAGUGAAGACGUGCUUCGUUUGCAAUUUAGUUCUUGCUUUUAUAUUAUCUAAACGACUCGUUUUGCUGCUCCUUUUGUUAUUGCUGGAUUCAACUGCUAGAAGGACUCACUGCAUGUGAAUUGUGAGAUCCACGACUGAUUUCGGCUGCAACGUUAAGGCUUUUGGGGUUGCUUCGAAGUGAGAAAAAUGGUAUUCUCUGCAAAAUAUGGGAGAAGUGAUGGAAAUAGUUGGGCAAGCAUCAAAGGCUUUUCCCUCCAAGUCCUCACAGGGAGGUGGUUCAUGAUGUUUUCAUCAUUUAUGAUCAUGUCAGUGUCAGGAGCAACCUACAUGUUUAGCCUCUACUCCCGGGAAAUCAAGUUGGUUCUUGGUUAUGACCAAUCCACUCUUAAUCAGUUAAGUUUCUUUAAGGACUUGGGUGCCAACAUAGGCAUUCUUUCAGGCCUAAUCAACGAGGUCACACCCCCUUGGGCUAGCUUAUUAAUUGGUGGAGUUCUCAACUUUUUUGGGUACUUUGCAAUUUGGCUUGCUGUCACCGGCAAAAUUGCAAAGCCCCAAGUGUGGAACAUGUGCUUGUACAUCUUCAUUGGAGCAAAUUCCCAUUGCUCAACCAAAACUGGAGCUGUUGUGACCAGUGUCAAGAACUUCCCUGGCAUCAGAGGCAUUGUCUUAGGCCUUUUGAGUGGGUAUCAGGGUGUAAGUGCAGCAAUAAUUACUCAGCUAUACUAUGCCUUCUAUGGAAAUGACUCCAAAUCCCUCAUUUUGCUCAUGGCAUGGCUACCAACUGCUACAGCUAUUGUGUUCCUUCCAGUUAUCAGAAACCACAGGAGUAUUCAACAGCCAAAUGACACUAAAGCUUUCUAUAGGUUCCUCUAUUUAUCAUUAGUCCUAGCGGGGUUCCUAAUGAUCGUAAUUAUAGCACAACAAUGUUUCACUUUCUCUCCAAAUGAAUAUAAUGUUACUACCACUGUGAUGCUUCUUUUGCUCAUCCUUCCACUGGCUGUUGUUAUUGUAGAAGAACACAAGAUUUGGAAGAGUAGACAACAAAACAUCAAUAGGGAAGAUAGUCAAAUGUUGUUGGCAAACUAUCCCAAUAUAGCUACAGAAAAUCCUUAUCAAGAGGAGUCUUCCCAUACAGAACAAACUGUCGAAGAAAAAGUAUCCUGUUGGGAAAACAUACUCAGGCCCCCAGAAAGGGGUGAAGAUCAUACAAUACUUCAAGCCAUUUUUAGCCUUGACAUGCUGGUUCUCUUAUUAGUUUCUAUAUGUUCAUUUGGUAGCAAUCUGACUAUGGUAAAUAACUUAAGUCAAAUUGGAAUUUCAUUAGGAUAUCCAGCACAUACCAUAACCACAUUUGUCUCCCUUAUGUCCCUUUGGAUCUAUUUAGGUAAGGUCGUUCAAGGGGUUGUCGCAGAAUUUAUCUUAUCCAAAUUUAAAGUCCCUAGACCUUUCAUGCUCACAUCGUUACUUCUAUUAUCUUGUGUUGGUCAUCUUUUAAUUGCAUUCAAUGUCCCAAAUGGUCUCUAUAUAGCCUCAAUUGUUAUUGGCUUCUGCUUUGGGGCUAACUGGCCUUUACUCUAUUCCAUCAUAUCUGAACUUUUUGGCCUUAAACAUUAUUCAACAUUGUUCAAUGUUGGGUCAAUAUCAAGUCCAAUUGGGUCAUACUUGCUCAGUGUGAGGGUUGCAGGGUAUUUAUAUGAUAUGGAAGCAAGAAGGCAAAUGGAAGCUUUGGGGCAAAAGACAAGUCCAGGGGAGGAGCUGAACUGCAAUGGUGAUGAGUGCUACAAGUUGGCAUUCAUUACAAUGACUGCAGUUUGCUUGUUUGGGGCAUGUUUGUCACUCAUUCUGGUCUUUAGGACCAUACAACUUUAUAGAAGAGACCUAUACAAGAAAUUCAAUGGUGCUACAACUGAUGUAACUGAAACAACUGAUGUAACUGAAACGGCUGUGUCUUAGAAAUGUAUUGGACCAUCAGCUGCAAAUGAAGGCUAGGUGACUUUGGCAUGGAAAUGGCAACAGAAAAUUCAGAACCAGAGCAAUAGCUAUAGCAACUACUUUGCAAUCACUAACAAAUUUACAGUUUAUAAUGAGUAGUCCUUGUAAAUUUGUAAUGUUAUCUUUUCUACCUUAGAGACCUAUUUCGGCUAGUGGGAUAACACUUUAUUGUUAUUUGUUUUUUACUGUGACAACUUGGUAACAUAGUUUCUUUCCGCUUUAAAACAGCAUUAGAGUAUUGCUUGAGAAAUAAUAAGUGUCAAAUUAUCUGCA